CAGUUGUCUCCUGAGGCCCAUCCUACGAAUGAGCCAUGUUGGCCUACCCUACAGCAUUCACUGGCGCAUGUCCCAGAAUUCUCUGGACCUUCCUUCUCCUGGUUGUCUCCCUGAAUGCCCAGAAUCAAAACUGGGACAACCCCAGAUGCACUGAAGUAGUGUCUUCACCCAGAGGCAGCUGUGUGGAGAUGUCCUGUAACAUCUCCAACACUUUCAGAGAUAUCACCAUUGAGCUGACUGCCAAUGGAAAGACCACGACCAUCUUCAACAAAAAGCCCCCGGGAAACUAUAUUAAUGAUUCAUGGCAGCUUCAGAUUCAAGGAGGCCAGGCCCAGCUGGUGAUCACAGAUGCCCAGGACAUCCACGCAGGGUCAUACUUGUGGCAUCUGCAUGGAUGCCAGAGAAGAAACAUGCACCUCAUCCUGAAUGUUACUGACCUAGCCACUGCCAACCAGGAUCCAGAGAGUUUGCAAGUCAGUGCUAAGGCCCCAUCUGCAGUGAGCACGGAAGUCAUCGUCGUCGUCGUCUUCAGCAUCAUCAUCAUAAUAGGAAUCAGUGCAUUUGCCUGGUACAAGCACUCCCAUCUCCUGAGGCGUCACAGAUUUGAAGUCCCAGGGCCCGGUUUGAAUCAUAAGUUUCCUGGUAUCCCCUACCUGACACUACCUAAGAUCUCCCAAGUCCUGCCCCAAAAGGUACUCAAGGAGCCUUAUUAGUUCUGGAGAGCAGAGUACAGAGAGCCUCAACUGGCUAUGGCUGACCAUCCAAGCCCUGACUUGGGACAGGCUCACAGGAAUCCUCUGUCCCCAAGCCCUUGCUUUGACCCUGGGACACCCAGAGAACAGAAUGAGGUCUGUACUCUUCAGGUUCCUCCCAGGACUCCAGGAGAAAUUUAUAUUGAGGACGGAGCUGUGAUUUUUGAUUCAGGAUGCCCUGGAAGUUGACUGAGCCCCUCCUGUACUCAAAACAUAACUCUGUUGGGAUUUGGGAGACAUCAAAGUAUUUCGGAGUAUCCCAAGUGUGUGUGGUAUAACUGGUUAUUUGUGUAAGCUGUCUGUGCUGGUGGGAUCUAUACCUCACACAGGCCCAAGCCAGGCUCUCAGGCAAUCUCCCUCCCUCUCUCCCUCUCUUCCUCCCUUCCUUCUGUUCUCUCUUCUUUCCUUUCAUCCUCCCUCUCCGUCUCCCUCUUUCUCCAGAUGAGGGAGCCUUAUGGGUGAUUGGAACCUGAGGGGAGUCACAUGAAGAAUGGAUUCCUAUGCUUGGAGAGCCCAGAGCAAGGUCAGCACCGUGGGCUGAUCAUGUUCUCAGGAUCUGGAGCCCCUUGGUGCCCUCAUCGCCCUGUAAACAUUCAUGAACCUACCACCACCCACUUGAGACA